UUUUUAUAUUGCAUGUAAAUAUAUUGCAAAAGAUACAUAGGAUUUUUAAUUUUAAAUAUAUCUCUUUUUUACAUGCUUUUUAUCAUUGGUUGCAUGUAAAUUAAAACAUCUUCGGUUGACCCGCCAUCUUCUUCUCGAUUUAUAGAAAGGGAAAAAGUAUCUGUACUUCGUGAAACGUAAAUUUUGAUAUUUUAUUAAAAUAGAUUUAGUGCACAGAAAAGAAGUAAAUGUGUUACCAUUUUUAAUUCUUUAUCAUCUGAUACUGACAUAGAUAUUAUAAAUAUAAUUUAACUAAAUAUACAUAACAUAAAAAGAUCAUUUAUAUUCUAACCUAUAAAAGUGUGCAAUGAUUGUUGCAUUUUAUUUAUGAUCUUUUAUUGUUAUCCUAAUUUGAUAAAAAAUGCCAAGAAAACCGAGCAAAACUUCAUGGGGGAGUCGUGGUGGAAGAUCUGGAAAUUUUGAUGAUAAACACUAUUUCGCCCAUGAUGAUCGUGUACCAAGAAAUGAUGGAUCUUUAUAUCUUGGAAAUAGACCUAGAGUAUCGUUUAAAACACAAGCAAGACCAGCAAGGGAUGUACCUAGAGGAUUGGCAUUAGCAUGUUUAGAUGAAGAUGUUCAAAUGGCAACAAGUUCUAAUAACAAUAAUAGACAAGUUAUUAUGACAGGAAGAAAUAGAGGUAUACAACGUGGAAGAAAUAGUCCUGUCCCUCAUAGAAGAUUUAGGAUGGGAUUGGCUCCUAGAAUUAGACAAUUUCCUAUUGGAGAUUCUAAUUGGUAUAAAAUUACAAUACCAUAUGGACAUAAAUAUGAUAAAGAUUACAUAAUUAAUAAUCUUUUGAGUUACAUUGCACCAGAAACUUUUAUUCCAUUUAUGUAUAAGGUAGUUGGAAAUGAAGCCGCUUUUUACGUAGAUGAUAACAAAAUAGCUAUGGCAUUAGCUGAUUCUGAUCGUAAAAUUACAACUACUGAUGGAUUUAAAUUACAAGUAAGAGUUUCAAAAGCAGGAUUUCCACAGUGUGAAAUUGAUAGUAAAUUGAAAGAAAGACUGAAACAAGCAAUGGCAAAACGAUAUGUACAUGAAACAAAUGCAUUAGAUUUGUCAAGAUUUCAUAGAGAUCCUGAUCUUAUUACCGAUUACUUUUGUGCACUAUUUCGACCUGUAAUGUUAAAAGCAGUAUUAGAUAUUGUAUCAGAACACAUACCAGAUUUAGAAGCACUAAAUUUAGAUGGAAAUAAAUUGCAAUUAAUCGAAAAACUAAAUGUUUUGGAUAAAAAAUUCACGAAAUUGAAAAUAUUAUAUUUAGGAGAUAACAAGAUAAAAGAUAUUAAUCAAAUAGAUACAAUCAAAGAUUUAAAGUUGGAGGAGUUAAAAUUAGAAGGAAAUCCUGUAUGCAACAAGUAUAAAUCUCGACAAAAUGACUACAUUAGCGACGUUCGGAAACGAUUUCCCAAACUGCUGCGACUGGAUGGUAUGGAACUUCCAAAACCAAUAUUAUUCGACGUAGCGGAUGAAGGAAAUAAAAUGCCUCCCUCUCAGAGAAUGUUUGUUGCAAAUGCAAAAGCACAAGAAAUUGCUAGUCAAUUUUUGCAACAAUAUUUUCUCAUUUUCGAUAGUGAGAAUCGUCAACCAUUGUUAGAUGCGUAUGUCGAACAUGCGUGUUUUAGUAUGACUAUGUCUUACACUCAUAGUACUAAUAAAUUGAAUGGAUAUCUAAUGGAAAAUAGAAAUUUGUAUAGAAUAAAUGAUACAAAUAAAAGACAGAAGUUAUUGAAACAGGGACGUUUGCCGGUAGUUUCAUUUAUUUCUGAAAUGCCACAAACUUCUCAUUACCUAAACACAUUCACAAUGGACAUCAGUCUAAUUACAGAUGGAAUGAUGUUAACUACAGUCACAGGACUAUUUAAAGAACUUGAUAAAAAAGAGCAACCUAUUCGUUAUUUUAAUCGAACCUUUAUAAUAGUACCAGAAGGAAGUGGUUAUUGUAUUCGAAAUGAACAAUUACAUAUCAGUCAACCCACAGAUGCACAAUUAAGACAAUUGAAUAAUCAGAAUUCAGAGACACAAAUAACAAAUCCAGGAUCACAUACUCCUUCGAGUAGUGGCACUGCAAAAUCUUUGUCAGUACAGUUACCUGAAGACGUAAAACAACAAAUGACGAUGACGCUUAGCCAACAAACAAACAUGAAUUUAGAAUGGAGUUUAAAGUGCUUAGAAGAAGUGUUAUGGAAUUAUGACAAUGCGCUCUCAGCGUUUCAAGAAUUCUACAAGCGAGGACAAAUACCAGCAGAAGCAUUUAACAAAUAAGAUGUGGAUAAAUAACAUGUGGAAAAAAGUAAGAUUCAUAGAAAUUUCAAUUAUUCUUUUCUACUGCAUGUAUUUUCGAAACAUACAGUCUUAUAUUGUAAUUUGAAUAGAUAUGCAGAUUUUAUUUUAAUUUUUUUUCCUUCUAUUAAAACAAAAAAAUUAAUUUUAACGAAUAAUGUUUGUCACAUAUUGCAAAUUGACAUAGGUAUCCUUUUUUGUUCCUUUUCUUUUCUUUUUUUUUUUUUUCUUUAUAUAUAUAUAUAUAUAUAUAUAUAUAUAUAUAUAUAUACAUAUAUAUAUAUACAUAUAUAUAAUUGUCUUAAAUUACUUUAUGGAUACGUGUAUUUACAACAAACAAAAAGAAGAUUGUUGUAGAAUAUAAAAUAACCCCAACGAUUUAUUUUACAUGGUAUUGUAUUUAACAACAAACUUCUUUUUGUAUCAAGAAAUGAAUAUUUUUAUCAUUAACGAAUAAGAUGUCCAAACAUGGAUUUAAUUUUGCAAAUAAUUGUCUCUUAUAAGUUAAGAUUUAAUGCGAUGAUUUUUAAGUUUAAUAUAUUCCCGGAAAAAGUAAUAUUAGUGCGAUGCGAUUAAUUUUUACUUUCAUUUCUGUAUAUCUCAACUUUCGUGCCAGUUGUGAUAAAAUCUCGAAGAAAGUGCUCCGGAUUUUUAUUUCUCAUAAUUAUUUAUAACAAAUAUAUUCUUAGAUAUUCAUUUUUGCAUCAGAAUAUGAAAAUCGAAUACAUUAAGUUCAAUAUAAGAGAUACAAAUGAUGUUUAAACUUCUUGUGCUACUAGUUCGAUUAUAUUUCAUAUGUACAUAGUGAUGUUUAUUUAAUAUCAUGAUUCGAGUAAUCUAUAUGUAAUAAUAUAUUUGUUUCAUUCUAGAAUGUGUGCAAGGUUGUGCUGUAAUGCUUUUAAAUAGAUGAGUCUACAUUACUGUGUAAUUGUUAGAAAACAGAAUGUUUGUGCCUUUCUUUAAUUAUAUUAUUUCAAAUAAAAUGAACAUCAUUAUGUACUCAAUACCAACUAGUUUACAUUAAACUUUAUAAAAUAGCAAUUUAAAGAAAAAUCUUAUGAUCUUAAAAAGGUCAUAUUUCACCUUACUUCGUAUCAUGCUGGUUGAUCGUAUUUAUUAUCAAAUUUUAUAUAAUUUUUUUAAUAUUUAAAAUAAAGAAAAUAUCCACUAAAAUAUCUAGAAUAAAAGAAUCGAUAUAUCUAAUAGUGCAAUGAAUUUUUUUUAUAAAUUUGGUAUUGAAAUUAUAAUAAAAUAUUUUCAAACGAAUUUAAUUGAUAAUAAACAGAACACGAGUCAGCCAGCUUCAAAUGUCAUUUUGAGAAUUGGUAUAUCAUGUUACACGAAUUCUCACAAAUUAUAUACAUGAAUAUUGUUAUUCGCCUUCUUCGUUAUGUAAUUUCAUUAAAUUGCGUAAAUCACUUCAACAGAUAAUCUACAGCUUGUGAGUAUAAAUUAUAUAUUGGUAUUCAUAAAUAGUGCGCUUCUAAUGAAACAAUAUUAUUUUAUUACACUACGCAUAUCCAGAGAACAAAAAUAAUUAUACCUCAUAUCCUGUUCAAUUUAUUUAUUUUUGAAAAUGGUCGACUCGCCUUUGAGAAGGGAAGAUAAAAAGAACAAGAGACAAUAAUUCUGGUGGACAAUUGGGAAUCUAACAAAUAAGUUUGAUCCCCUUCCUUGUCGAAGCCUGUCGAUGUGCGACGAAAUAUGCUACGACAAAUAAUUACAAUGUCCACAUAAUGUUAACAAGCAACAUUAACAUCGGAAUAAAGGCGAAUUUUACUCGACCGUAUUAGUUACUCUUGCGGAUUAAAACCACAAAAAAAUUUUGGGCGAUGCUGAUGGCGAUUAAUCAAAAGCUAUAACCGCCCCCUCAUUUUGUGUCUUUUUAAAGGACACAACUGACAAAUGGAACUGAUCUGAGUAUGAAUAUGGAACUAAACAAUGAAACUAAAUAUAUUCAAUAUAACAGAAUUUGUUCAACAGAAUUUGAAUUUUUUUACUAUGUUUAACAGAUCAUCAUUAAAAAUUUAUAAACUAGAAAUAAUUGAUUAUUAUCAAAAUAAUAGUUUAUGCUCACAUUCUGUAAAAACGUUAUUAAGAUGACGAAAAUAUUUUGUAUUAGUAUUAUAAGUUUUUCGAAAAAAAAGAAAGAGAAAAAUUCAUUCUAUUAUAUUACUAAUAAUUUUUGAUUUAUUAUAUAAAAGAAAUAUCUCUUAAGAAAAAAAAGAAAAAGUAAAAGAAAUAAUUUUUUACUAUUGUUGUGAGGAAUGGGAAAUUAAUCCACUGGAUAUUGUUAUAAUGCAAUGCAAAUUAUUGCGUUUAUUUUUUCGUUUGUAAUUAAAAGAAAAUGUAAAUAGCUACAUACUGAUUCAUGUACAUGUUUAAGAUAUGUUUUUACAUUAUAUGUUUUUGUCAAGUUAAGAUGUUUGAAUACAAUGUACGAAUUGAAAGUACAAUAAGAUAUAAUUAAUAAAAAUAGAAAUUUGUACACAUA